AUGGCCCAGCUUAUGAGUGCUGUUGUGGGUGUGCUCAAUGAGAGCCUUACAGAAAGUAUCAAAGGUUUCUAUAAAAUGAGAAAGGCAUACAUCACGCUAGACGGCAUCCUCAAGAUGGAGCAGGCAUAUAUGCAGUCAAUUUCCGGUGGUGUGUCUCCUGCAGACCAGGGGGAGGCAUCCAAACCCAGCCCAACAGCCACCGUCGAGGCUAAAGGGCUAUCCCAGAGGUUAUCUGAUCUAAGUGUCUCUCAGGAUAGCACUAAAUCUGGGGAAUCAACUGAACUAUCGACGCCUAAUCCCUCGGAUAUGCUUAGCCACGAUCCCGAUUCAGAUAUCUUCAAAAACCAGAUUGAUGUUUUCGUGCACUCUGGUUCUAACUUUUGUUUCGGUAUUCUUCUUCUUGUCAUCUCCAUGGUUCCUCCGGCCUUCAGUAAAUUGCUCAGUAUCAUUGGGUUCUACGGAGAUAAAGAGCGGGGACUGAGGAUGCUGUGGCAAGCUAGUAAGUUUAAUAAUUUGAUCGGGGCACUUGCUGCUUUUGCGAUUCUCGGUUAUUACAAUGGUUUCGUCCGUUACUGCGAUAUUAUGCCAGACCCAGUUCCGGGAGACCAGGGCGAUGUGCAGGGCUAUCCUCAGAAGAGGCUCGAGGCCUUGUUAGCGCAGAUGAGGCAGCGGUUCCCCAAGAGUCAACUCUGGCUGCUUGAAGAGUCUAGGAUGGAAGGAGCGAACAAGAAUCUAGAAAGAUCCCUGGAGCUUCUGUGUGGUGAAGAGCGCAGUCCGCUCAAACAGGUCGAAGCUUUGCGGGUGUUUGAGCGCAGCUUGAAUGCGAUGUACCUCCACAAGUAUGAACUGUGCGCCGAAGCAUUUCUCGAGGUCUGA